CUUUCAAACAACUUGAGUAUAGAAGGCGUCCCAUCAUCAUUGGUUUUGACAAACUUUGAAGACUUGGCAGAGCCGUGUUUGUUUCUUGGGAUUGGAACAACGGAUGGGGUGUGUUAUGGGUUUAGAAUCAAAGGAAGUGAAGCUGAGGAUUUAUGGGUAAAGACUGUUGGGAGUGAAGAAGUCAAUUUGAGUGAAGUUGAAGUGUUUGGUACUAAGGGGAUAGUUGUUUCGUCGACAACCAUGUUGUUUGUCUAUUCCUAUUUAUCGCGCAUGGAAUUCACACCAAUUUCAUACCAACCAAUUCGCGCAGUAGCUUCGUUUGUGACCGACUUUGCUGGGGACUCUCUUGCUGGUAUUACGGAUGAGAGUAUGGUAGUGAUUUCGUUUGAGUCACUUGAGGACAAAUUCACAACAAUGGACCAACCGCUUUUAUUUACACCUCGAAAGGUUAUUAAGACGAUGGAAUUCCCAACAACAGUGAUUUGUGGCGACAACAGGUGUAAAGUCUAUACCCCACUUCUGAAUGGGGAAAACAAUGAUUUUGAGGAGCGAAAAAUCGGAGUGAAUUUAGAGGAAGACGGUGUGUGGGGGAGUGAGGUUGGAAUAAUCGAACACACUGGAUACAAUUCGUCAAUUAAGACUGAAGGCGCGAUUGUCUGUGGUGCACACGUCUUUUUCAAGACGACAAAGAGAUGCUUUGUGUGUUCACUUGUUCAUGACUACAAAGAGAACACGGGCGAGUGUUGGAUAGUGGUGUAUAAUGCAAUCAAUUUCAACCAAAUCCAUAAGACCCCAGUUGAGUCUGUGUGCCGAGCGCUCUGUGCGUUUGAAGGGAAGUUGCUUGCUGGUAUUGGCACAACACUGCGAAUGUACGAUUUAGGAAAACAGAUAUUGAUUCGGCGGUGCGAGGUCGGUGGGAUCCCUUCCGACAUCAAUGGGAUCAAUGUUUCCAACAACAAAAUAGUGUUGAGCACUGUGGCUUCUGGAUUUGUGUAUGUGGAUUAUGAUGUCGAGGCAAACAUUUUAAAGGUAGUUGAUCAAGAUAAGGUGUGGCACUCACUCACUUCGUCGACAAUUCUCGACGAGCAAACGACCAUAGGCUUUGACAAGUAUGGCAGUUUGUUUAUCACCGAAAUUGAUUGGGAACUUGGGAAUGACGAAGUUGGCUUUUUAGACCGGGUGAAGGAAGUUGUUCAGUGGUAUGUUGGUGAUGUUGUCACUUCUGUUUCUGUGAAUGAGAUCUGGAAAGGGAAUCUACCUGAAGAUGAGCCAACAACAGCAGAGGAAGUACUUCGACAGAAUAAGAAGGUGAUAGUGUAUUCGUGUUUAAUGGGGAGAAUUGGUGUUUUGGUGCCACUGAAUUUCAAAAAUGAGGCGGAGUUCUUUGUGAAUUUAGAAACAAGUAUCAAGAAGAACUUUAAUCCACUGUUGUCGAACAGUUUUGAUAUGUAUAGGGGGUCGUGUUACCCGUCUUUUGGUGUCAUAGACGGCGAUUUAUGUGAUUUUUAUAAUCAAAUGGACGGGAAUCUUCAACAACAAAUAGCAGAUGUGAUUGGUCUUACACCUGUCGAUGUGAAAGUGAAAUGUGACGAUUUCAAACACUCCAAGUUGUGCUAA